CCUCUCUAUGCAAUACUCUAUGAAACCCUCACUAUAAAUACACAAGACCCAUCUAAGCUUUCAUCACAACAAGCCUUCAUAUACCAAGUCUUCCUUCACAGAGAGGUCUUUUGAGUCCAUAAUAGAGUUGCCAAACAAACAGGGCACUAUACAAUGGCUCAUCAAACCAUGAGCUUUCUCAUUGUUGUAGCCACACUUGUGUUUGCUCCACUUUGCUUUGCUCACAACCUCUACCCACAGUUUUAUGAUCACUCUUGCCCUAAAGCAAAAGAGAUUGUGUACUCUGUUGUUGCACAGGCUGUUGCCAAAGAAGCUCGCAUGGCUGCUUCUUUACUUAGGCUCCAUUUCCAUGACUGUUUUGUCAAGGGGUGUGAUGCAUCAUUACUUCUAGAUAGCAGUGGGAGCAUAGUGAGUGAGAAAGGGUCGAACCCUAACCGGAACUCGGCUCGUGGGUUCGAAGUCCUUGAUGCAAUCAAAUCUGCAUUGGAGAAGGAGUGUCCUAACACUGUCUCUUGUGCUGAUAUCUUGGCUCUUGCUGCUAGAGAUUCCACUGUCAUUACUGGUGGACCAAGCUGGGAAGUCCCAUUGGGAAGAAGGGACUCAAAAGGUGCAAGCUUGAGUGGUUCCAACAAUAACAUUCCAGCUCCAAACAACACUUUCCAGACCAUCCUUACCAAAUUUAAGCUACAAGGACUUGACAUUGUUGAUCUUGUGGCAUUGUCUGGGAGUCACACAAUUGGAAAUUCUAGAUGCACCAGCUUCAGGCAGAGGCUGUACAACCAGUCUGGCAACGGCCUGGCAGACAUGACACUCGACAAAUCAUAUGCUGCCCAAUUGCGCAGCAGGUGCCCGAGAUCCGGUGGCGACCAGAACCUCUUCUUCUUGGAUUUUGUGUCCCCAACAAAGUUCGAUAACUACUACUUCAAGAACUUGUUGGCUUCGAAGGGGCUUCUAAAUUCUGAUCAAGUUCUUGUGACCAAGAACCAGCAGACAAUGGAGUUAGUGAAGAAAUAUGCGGAGAAUAGUGAGCUUUUCUUCGAGCAAUUUGCCAAGUCCAUGAUCAAGAUGGGGAACAUUUCUCCUUUGAUUGGUUCAAGUGGAGAGAUUCGAAAGAAUUGCAGGAAAAUAAACUCUUAGGACCAUAUAUAGUCCAAUAAAUAUUGAUGAACUUCUACUAUAUAUUUGGGUAUUCUCAGUUUCCUUUCUUUUAUGAUUUUUCUGUGAGAGAGUUUCAAUUGUAGCCACAGUUGUGAACUAGUGGUGGUAAUGCAAUAACAUUUUGGUGAGUGUUAUAAUUUGGGUGUUUCUCUUCAAUUAUGAUAAUUUCGGUUGAGACUUUAAA